AUGUGGGGGCACUACAGGGAGAUGCGCAAGGCGCAGAUGGAUCGCUCCGGCAGUGGGAGAGCUACGCUGCGAGGAGCCAUUCAGGCUUGGCGACAUUGGAUGCAGUUUCAACGCAUGCAUCGGCAGGUCCAGAAACACAGUCGUCGUCUACGACGGCAGCGGUUCGAACGACUCCUGGCUGAGGCGCAGGCCCACGAACGCUCGGGAUGCAGUUCGGCGAUCUUCGACUUAUUGCGUAGGCAUGCACCAAAGCAAGCCCGAAGACGUGCGCAGCUGCGAGAUGCGAGCGGCAAGCUCAUGACUCCAGCAGAAGAAGCACAGGCACUGCUCACCUUUUGGCAAAGUGUCAAUGGUGGAACCAGGCACAGUGGGGGCGAGCCCACCAACUACACGUUCCAUAUCACAUGCGAGGAACUCAGGGAUGCUCUUCAGCGGUUGCAGGGUAACAAAGCUGCUCCCAAACAUUGUGCUCCACACGUUUUCUGGAACAUGGCUUCGGAACACAUUGCCAAGUUCAUGAGCGAGCAGGCGUUCCAGGAUUGGCAGCAGGGCGGUGCUCGCGUACAUCAGGACUGGGCUUCGGCAUGGCUGGUGUUCCUAGGAAAAGCAGGCAAAAUCGGGGAUUCUCCCGCGCAUCUCAGGCCUAUUGCGCUGCUCGAGCCCAUGGGCAAAGCGGUUGCCGGCAUCUUGAAGGAUCGUUUGAUGCCGUAUGUACAACCCUGGACUGCACAGCAGCACCUGCAUGGCUAUCUUCCACAUCGUUCUCCUCUUCAGGCUCUCUGUGUGGUCUUCGCACACUGUCGUGACGUGAGAGCGGCUGCGCAGGCGCAAGGCCGCUCACUUUACGACCUACGAGCAGGACACAAGCGAGGCUCGUGCGCCGGCGGUCUACAGCUCAGUAUAGAUUGUACUCAAGCAUUUGACAGAAUCAGCCGCGACCUACUGCAGCGAGCACUGGAGAUGAUGGAGGUUCCCGCCGAUUUAAUCGGCAUCAUCAUGCAGUGGGUCCAUUCAACCCGGUUCCACAUAGGCGGACGGCCAGAUGAAGUACAAUAUGGCUCCGACAAAGGCAUCAGGCAGGGCUGUAAGCUCUCGCCGACGCUCUGGGUCUGCGUCUCGGUAUACUUGCUUAGACACAUUGACAACGCCCUGGGGCUGAACUGGUGCCAACAGCACGGAGUAGGAUUUGCGGAUGAUUUGCACUUCAGGUGGAGGUUUGAGGAUGUGGCUGGCAUGCAGCUAGCACUCAAACAGGCGGGCACUGUCUUACAGCUCCUUACUGACUGCGGGCUCAUCAUUAGCAAGGAGAAAACCGUUUGCCUGCUAAGGGCAGAUGGGGUUCAGGCACCGAAUGCCAUCAAGAAGGUGGUACGCAAGACCAAACAAGGCAAGCUGCUUAAACUCGAUGUGAACUGGGAAAUGCCGCUCAAGAAGUCGCAUAUUUAUCUAGGGGCCUGCAUUUCCUACGAGAACUUCGAGUCACAGAACAUGCAGCAUCGACUUCAGGCAUGCCGUGCAGCUUUCAGCCGCUUACGUACCACGCUCAUGGCGCACAGGGCCCUCAACAUGCAUCGACGGCUACAACUGUGGAAGGCGACAGUGGUGACCUCAGCUAUGUACUCACUUCUGGCCUCGGGUUUUACUGCAAAGACCUUGGAUCAGUUUCGGGUUGUGCUCACGCGGCAAGCCCGCGCCAUUGCUCGCAGCCCAGUUCACUUGGACCUAGAGAACAAUGAUAAGUUCUGGCGGCGGAUAGGCAUCAUGGCGCCAGUGGACAUGAUUCUGCAACGGCUCGAACGAGCCGUCACCGUCACCAACACCUUGAAGGCCAAGUUGAGGGAAGACGAUGCCAGGGUAUCCAGUAUCAUCCUCGAUCGCGAACAGGCUGUUCUUGCUCAGACCCGGGAGAUCUUGACCGAGGCCCAAAAGGCCACAGGCGAUGCGGAGGACAGCCUGACACAUGUAUGUCAGGAGUGCGGCGCUAAGUUUGGCACAUGGGCAGCUCUGCGUGCGCACGCGGGCAAGCUUCACAGUCAGGCCCGACGAAAGGAAGCCACGGAGCAAACACCCGACUUUGAUCAGCAGCGGCACGGGAAGGACGGCAUGCCCAUUUGCUCGCAGUGCAAUCAUCGCUUCCCACGAUGGGCGGACCUCCGCAAACACAUUGAGGGCGGCCACUGUCAGGCAACAUCCACCACCGCACCGGCGACGGCAUCGGGCUCGGGCACAGAAAAGGACUCAGUCAUGCAAUUGGUCAGGGCAGGGCAGCUCGAUGUGCAAACCUUGCGAUCGGAGGCAGUCACGGCGGAUUUGCGCACGGAGCUCAUGCAGCAUUGUGCGCUUUGCAGGCAGUGGCAUCACGACCACAAAUAUCUUAAGCGACACUGGCAGCGCUCGCACACGGCAGAAUGGGAGCUGCAUUCAGCUCCUACUUUUCAGUGGCGCAGGCAGCAUGUCGCAAAGAUCAAGGUGACGUGUGAGUGGUGUGGAGCACAGGUCCCGAGCAAAGCAGAGCACAGGGACACUUGCCCUGUCUUGUUUCAGCUCUCCAUGAUAAGGUCCAUCCACGUGAGCGGUGAGAACAAUGAGUUGGCCACGGCGGCCAUGCAGUUCCAGGAAGUGUUCGGUCCGGUGUUGGGGAAGCGGUUGCUGCAGGAGGAGCCGAAGGAGCAGGACAGACCGAGCAAGCAGAACAAGCCGGGACCCAAGGGGCCCAAAGGCAAAGGCAAGGGCAAAGGAGUGGGAAAGCAGCAGCGAAGGCCACAGCACCAAUCCAACAGCUGGAACAAUGGGUACAACGGGGACAUAGACUGUGGACGCCAUCCAACUGAUGGCCAGGAUGAUGGUGAGACAGGAGGAUGUCCUGCACGUCCUCAGGCAAUCAACCGGCUGGGUGUGGCGGCACAGGUGUGGAGGAAGGAGGUGUCACAACCAGACAGCAAGAUGGCCAACACCAGUCUCCGAUCGGCGCUGUUCUGGUGUCUGCUGCACCAGCUGGCGGCGACAUUGGGGAACAUGGACCAGACACAACUGGCGGAGGCGAACAAGCAAGGAUGGAUCACGACGGAGGGCAGAUGGGUCUACCAAACCUGGUCGGCCGAAAAACAGCAACUCAUGGUGGACGAAACCAAACCGGGCAUGACCACUCAGGAAGUAGUCCAUCUGUUGAACGACAUGCAGGGCUUGGUGAGCGGCGACACUGUAUCGCGCUUUCAUUCAACGAGGCCACUGGUGGAACAGAUGUCGGGACACAUGCUUACCAUGGUCAUGGACAUCUCAUUCCGCAAAGCAUCAGCGAAUGCGCUCUACAGCAAGCUGGAGAAACUUCAAGGAAGUGCGGCACUACAGGUGUGCGGCGUUCAGUUUCGCAAGGAAGGCUUCAAGCGCUCUCCGGGAGCGCAGAGGCUGCUGGAGCUCGUGGCCUAG